GCAGCCCUGCGUUCGCUGCGCGCCGUCCGUCUCCGUGUCAUGACUCCGGCCUCUGAUCGCCAUUUGAGUAUCGACGAUGCGGCACUACAUCCGUGCACUCCUAUUGUGCACGGUGUUUGCCGUGUUGUCGGGCCUGUACGGGUACAAUAAGCUGUUUUACUCGGAUGUGUCGGUCGGCGGAAAGGGUGCGAGGAAAAGCCUCCUUCCCCCGAGAGCCGCCGGAGACAGACGGGAGGCUCCGGACAAAACAGGGCCCGGGAGGCCGCACUGGUAUCACAGGUACAUCAUGCGACAGCGGGUUAAGGUGGAUGGUGAAGGUGGUAGCAGACCUGAACCCCGCAUGCAUUUGGCAGUUGUGGCGUGCGGCCAGCGUCUGGAGGAAACGCUCACCAUGAUCAAGUCAGCUGUUCUUCUCAGCAUUAAACCUCUCUUCCUUCACAUCUUCGCUGAAGGCCAGCUACAUGCCAGUUUCAUAGAGGCUUUGGACUCAUGGCCUGGCUUCGUUCGCUCCAGGUUCAACUACUCAGUCUACGCCAUCAGCUUCCCCAGUGAGAAUGCAGCCGAGUGGAAAAAACUUUUCAAGCCCUGUGCUUCUCAGAGGCUCUUUCUACCUCUAAUCCUAAAAGAUGUGGACUCUUUGGUGUACGUGGACUCAGACAUCCUCUUCCUGCAGCCUGUGGACCAGCUGUGGGCAUUCCUGACCCAGUUUAACUCAUCCCAGCUGGCAGCCGUGGCCCCAGAACAUGAAGAGCCCCGCAUCGCCUGGUACAAUCGCUUCGCCCGACACCCCUUCUACGGCCGGACAGGCAUCAACUCUGGCGUCAUGCUGAUGAACAUGACCAGAAUAAGGAACACAUACUUUAAGAAUGACAUGACGUCAGUGGGGUUGCGUUGGGAGGAGUUGCUGAUGCCCCUUCUGCAGAAAUACAAACUCAACAUCACCUGGGGAGACCAGGACCUUCUCAAUAUCAUCUUUCACCAUAAUCCUGAGUGCCUGCUGGAGUUCCCCUGCCAGUGGAACUACCGUCCUGACCACUGCAUCUAUGGCAGUAACUGUGCCUCAGCCGAGGAAAACGGCAUCUACAUACUUCAUGGAAACAGAGGGGUUUACCAUGACCAAAAACAACCUGCCUUCAGAGCCGUCUACAACUCCAUACGAAAUUUCACGUUUGGAGACGACCCGGUGAGCUCUCUGUUGGCUCCUCUGGAGGAGGAACUUCUAAAGACCACGCAUACCUAUUGUGGAAAAUCCCACACCCUCUUCACCAAGAGACUGGCACAGAGCCUGGAAAACAUCGAUAAAAAUGUCCCACAAGGACACUGACAACAAUAUGUGAAAGCGAUGUGGAGAAUCCGUGGCGGCUCGCCAGGAUGGGUUAUUCUGCGUCAAAAGUAAGGU